GUCUCCGUCCCCAUAGCAGCCGAGCGUGCUUGGCCUCUCAUUGGCUACGUGGUCCGCAGCUCCGUGCGCCAGCCUCUGACGCCUACUGCCCUGCCACGUAAGCGACAGCUGAUUGGUCCGCUGAAGGACACGUCAGCGCCCGCGCCGGCUUCUGCUUGAGUUCCGGGUCGCGACCCUCGCCUCUGCGGUCCUUGUCACCUGCUGGCCAGUGGCGGGUCCAGACCCGGCGUCCGGCAGAGAGGGCGCGGCGUGGAGCGCAGGCGGUGAGUCGGGCCGGGGCCGGUGCGGUGGGCUGACCCGCCUCGGUGCCUGGGACUCGGCCGUCGGCCGCAGGCGCCAUGAAGGCCCUGAUUCUGGUGGGCGGCUACGGGACGCGGUUGCGGCCGCUGACGCUGAGCACGCCGAAGCCUCUCGUGGAUUUCUGCAACAAGCCCAUCCUGCUGCACCAGGUGGAGGCCCUUGCUGCGGCAGGUGUGGACCAUGUGAUCCUGGCCGUGAGCUACAUGUCGCAGGUGUUGGAGAAGGAGAUGAAGGCCCAGGAGCAGCGGCUGGGGAUCCGCAUCUCCAUGUCCCACGAGGAGGAGCCCCUGGGCACAGCUGGGCCUCUGGCGCUCGCCCGGGACCUGCUGUCUGAGACCCCAGACCCGUUCUUCGUCCUCAACAGUGAUGUCAUCUGCGAGUUUCCCUUCCAGGCCAUGGUGCAGUUUCACCGACACCAUGGCCAGGAGGGCUCCAUUCUGGUGACCAAGGUGGAGGAGCCCUCCAAGUACGGCGUGGUGGUGUGUGAGGCCGACACCGGCCGCAUUCACCGCUUUGUAGAGAAGCCACAGGUGUUUGUGUCCAAUAAGAUCAACGCAGGCAUGUACAUCCUGAGCCCGGCCGUGCUGCGACGCAUCCAGCUGCGGCCCACAUCCAUUGAAAAGGAGAUCUUCCCGGUCAUGGCCCAGGAGGGGCAGCUGUAUGCCAUGGAGCUGCCAGGCUUCUGGAUGGACAUCGGUCAGCCCAAGGACUUCCUCACCGGCAUGUGCCUCUUCUUGCAGUCACUGCGGCAGAAGCAGCCCGAGUGUCUGUGCUCAGGGCCGGGCAUCGUGGGCAACGUGCUCGUGGACCCGAGCGCCCGCAUUGGUCAGAACUGCAGCAUUGGCCCCAACGUGAGCCUGGGGCCAGGUGUGGUGGUGGAGGACGGCGUGUGCAUUCGGCGCUGCACGGUGCUGCGGGACGCGCACAUCCGCUCGCACUCGUGGCUCGAGUCCUGCAUUGUGGGCUGGCGCUCCCGCGUGGGCCAGUGGGUGCGCAUGGAGAACGUGACGGUGCUGGGUGAGGACGUGAUAGUCAGUGACGAGCUCUACCUCAACGGAGCCAGCGUGCUGCCCCACAAGUCCAUCGGCGAAUCUGUGCCCGAGCCCCGCAUCAUCAUGUGAGGCACCCCGGGCUGGGCACCACAGAGGCCUUGGACUGGCUGCCACUCCAAAGGCCGGUGCUGCUGAACACCUGCCCUCCCAUGUGGAUGUAAAGUGGCACACCCCAAGAAGGGCUAGGGCUGUAUGGAAUAAUAAUUUAAUGCUCGCUGUG